CCAUAGUGUUCAUAUGAUCGUCCACCACCCCCUUCUCUUCAACAAGAAAGCGCCAACAUAUCUUCCAUAGCCUCCUCUUCCUCUUCCUCUUUUUCAUGCUCGGUAUCGUUCUCACAAGUGCGAAUUGAUACCGUGCUAACCAUAUUAAUCAUAUUUGUCUCUAGCAAUGAACAGUACCCAAGUCCCUCAAGGUCUCACUUCCGAAGAAUUCAUGGAGCUCGAGGCCAUCAUUCAGACGUACCACACCUUCGAGUCGAGGCCAAACACGUGCACUUCCCUCAUAACGCAACGAAUCGAUGCUCCGGCCAAUGUGGUGUGGCCACUCGUCCGUUCCUUCGACAAUCCGAAGCGAUACAAGCACUUCAUCAAGAGCUGCAACAUGGUGGGUGAUGGAGGAGUUGGAAGUGUGAGGGAGGUCACCGUUGUUUCCGGCCUCCCUGCCUCCACCAGCACCGAGAGGCUGGAGAUUUUGGAUGAUGAGAGGCACAUAUUGAGCUUUAGGGUUGUGGGUGGUGAGCACCGGCUGAAUAAUUAUCGGUCCGUCACGUCGGUGAACGAGUUUAACAAGGAUGAUGGGAGGGUGUACACCAUUGUUUUGGAGUCUUAUAUUGUUGACAUACCUGAGGGGAACACUGUGGAGGACACUAAGAUGUUUACAGACACUGUUGUGAAGUUGAACCUUCAGAAGCUUGCAGUGGUGGCAGUGAGUGAUGACAAACAUGGAUGAGAGUGGUGGUGCAUAAUUUAUGCCGCCGUGGUGGUGGUGGUGGUGGUGGUGGGUCAUAUUUUAUUUGAGUUCUUAGUGGUUAGUAUGGUUUCUUCAAGUUGGGAUUGGUUUGUAUAUUUUUAAUUAGUUUUUGUUGGGUGAAUAGUAAGUUAUAUUUUUAUGGGCGCUAUAAGACUAUAUUAUCAUUGAGACUACGCAUUUUCUUUUUCAAUAAAUGGACGCAUAGAAAAUGAUCAAACAAGUUAACAAAUCCUUUUGUUUUCAUAGUGUCUGUGUAUAUAUAUUUUUAAUUCUGCAAUUGUUGAAAGUUAUGAAAUUCUAUAUAUUUUAUCUUUUGCACUAUAUCUUUGUAUUUAAUAUUGAUGAAGUUUGUGGAGAAAUCAUGGUUUGUAGUCGUGGUAUUGUUUGUAAUUGUAAUGUAACGGAUUCGGAAUAAUAUCGG